GCAUGUAGAGACGUUUCCGUUAAAAGGAAGCUUUGGUGAGGUUUUCUGCGCCAUGUGUAGGAAGCAAAACACGCAGGGUCAGCCAUCGUGCUGUCCGAUUCCUGAAAAUGCUGUUUAAAUGUCAUGUAGGGCGAUAAAAGAGACACAUACAACGCAGUUAUUGGACCACUGACCGUAACUAUCGUGAUGCAGCGACUUGAGCUGGAGUCUAGACAAACUGUGCUAUGAAGCUAAAUGAAUAACGAUGCAGAAACAGUGUUUGUGUUAAACAUGUGGAGAAGGUCACUAAGUGCAAGUUACAGGUGUUUUGGCUGCAGGAGUGUUGGACCAAAGGGAGUUUGGAGUUCCCACGCUGUGCGAACAUGCAGCUCUCCAGUUUUACCUGCAGGCAGGAUCACUGCACUUGAGGCGCUGGACUUCUGGAGGAGGCGCUUUGAGGAGCGAGGUGUGAUUGAGCCUGACCAGUCCAGCCAGCACAUUGUUGCUCAUCUGCUGGGAGCUAAAACUAUAGAAAAUCUGGAGCGGGAGAGGUUAACAGAGUUUCUCAGCCAAGAAACAGCAGAGCAGGUGUGGAAGCUCUGCACUCGCCGUCUCUCCAGAAUGCCGGUGCAAUAUGUGAUUGAGGAGUGGGACUUCAGAGACCUGACACUGAAGAUGAGGCCUCCUGUGUUCAUACCAAGACCUGAAACUGAGGAGUUGGUUGAACUUGUGCUCACUGAUCUGCUGAUGAAACUUGGGACUGGAGUGGGUGCAGACACUCCGCAUACUUGCUUGGAAGUGGGAUGUGGGUCUGGUGCCAUUUCCCUUAGUCUGCUGAAGAGUCUGCCUCAGCUGAAAGCUGUAGCUUUGGAUCAAAGCCAGGAUGCAGUAGAUUUAACAACAGAAAAUGCGUUAAGGUUGAAGCUUCAGGACCGAUUGCAGGUUCAUCAUUUAGAUAUAAUGAAAGAUGCAGAGACUGUGCUGAGCCUCUGCAGUCCUGUUUUAGUUUUGGUCAGUAACCCUCCAUACCUGUUUUCAGAGGAUAUGGCGUCACUGGAACCUGAAAUUUUGAGAUUUGAAGACCACGCUGCUUUAGAUGGUGGUGAGGACGGCCUAAGAGUGAUCAAACAGAUCUUGGUUCUGGCUCCACAGAUCCUGUCAGAUCAAGGUCGUGUUUACAUGGAGGUGGACCCCAGACACCCUCCGCUCAUUCGACGGUGGGUGGAGGUGAAUGUGGGAGACCUGCAAUAUGUGGAGACACGACACGACAUCACCGGCAGGCCGCGAUUCUGCAUCCUUCAGAAAGCGAAGGCAAAAAGGGACCACAAGCUGGAUCUGGACUGAGAAACCGAGAUCCUAUUACGCUGGCUUUAGCUCAGGUCGCCACAGCCUCAGCUUCCCCUGCCCCCACUGAGCCACCAAGCACCGACUCAAGCUGAUUUGAUCACUCAAAAUUCACAAUUUGCACAAGCUCAAACAACAUGCAUGUCACUGUGGCACUCUUAAUCUGGCAGCAGGCGUGAUUGCGAUCCCGCAUCACAAUAAAAAUGUGUGCGAGAUGACACAAAAGCAGGCUCAAAGCUGAAGGUAAUUACCGCAGCUUUUCUUAGAACCCUCCCUCUCAGAAUCUCACCCUCUUCCCAGGAAGCAUUCAGUAGUUCUGUGAAUCCGCUGAUGAACGGUCCUCCCCUUCGCUUGUCCACUCGCUGACUCAGAUGCAGGCGGUGUGCAUUGUUGAGCAAAAGUACACGCAAUGUGGCUUUUACUUCCUCACACAAUCAUCGUCGCUCGCACACUGUAAGCUCAAAGGCCACAAAGUCUUUGUGUUUCAAAGGUGAUUUAAAGCACAAAAAAUAUUUCGUAACAAGUGUCACAAGAGCAGUCAUCAUGUGGUGGCUGAUGGUGACAGCGUUUCUCUUGAGCCCUGUGAAAAAUGCUGACAUUUUAGGCAAAACUCAUGUUUAAGAAAAGGCUAUAAAGAAUAGCAACUUAGAUUCCAGUUGAGUUUUUUUUUUAAUAGAAACAUGUACACAACAUGUAAAAGGUACAAAAAAUGCUUUACUGAGAAAAAUGAAAUGGCGUAAAAGAUGUCUCAGUGGAAUCAGUGUACUUCUUAGGAACAGUAUGUACAUCCAGAACUGAUGAGAGCAAAACAGAUAUGGACAAUCUCCUCAUCCAUCAUAAAAUAAGAGUAGAUUACAGUA